UUUCAAAUUUGAGCCACGUUUCUCCUCAACCCCAACCCCAACCCCAUACACAUCGACCGCCCGAUCCCAAAUAUAUAAUCCCCAAACCAAAAACCUCACAAAACCAGACACACCUCUCCGAAUCACACUCACGCAGACAAUAGAGAGAGAGAGAUGGAGGAGCAACAAGAGCACGAGGUUUACGGCGGCGAGAUCCCAGCCGACGACGGCGAAGACGUCGACAUGUCGUCCAGGGCCGACGACGACCAAGACUACAACGACGACCCUAACUCCAAGGAGCUGGAGGACAUGAAGAAGCGGCUCAAGGAGAUAGAAGAAGAGGCCGGCGCUCUCCGCGACAUGCAGGCCAAGGUCGAAAAGGAGAUGGGCGCUGUUCAAGAUUCCUCUAGUGGGUCUGCAACUCAAGCUGAGAAGGAGGAGGUGGAUUCUCGAUCCAUCUAUGUUGGUAAUGUCGACUAUGCAUGUACUCCUGAGGAAGUCCAGCAGCAUUUUCAGUCUUGUGGAACUGUGAACAGAGUUACAAUUUUGACCGACAAGUUUGGUCAACCAAAAGGAUUUGCUUACGUUGAGUUUGUUGAAGUUGAUGCUGUUCAGAAUGCUCUCCUGUUAAAUGAAUCAGAAUUGCAUGGCCGUCAAUUGAAGGUCUCUGCUAAGCGGACAAAUGUUCCUGGAAUGAAACAGUAUCGGGGAAGGCGUCCUAACCCAUUUUUUCGAUCUCGGAGGCCCUUCAUACCUGCUGCACCUUUCUUUCCUGCGUAUGGUUAUGGGAGGGUUCCAAGGUUCAGGCGGCCCAUGCGAUAUAGACCAUACUAAUGAUGAAUAACAUCACCAGGUGGCCACGUUAUGUGAAGGGGCCAUGUAUGUUUUAUUAUGGUCAUAUACCAUUCUAAUUGUGCAAGAGCCAUUUAUGUUUCAUUAUGGUCGUAUCUAUAGUUUUGGGAACUGGAGAAAAGAAGUUGAACCAUCAUUUGCAUGGCAGAGGCCAACUUGAUUCUUUCUCAAAUUUGUAGUGCACAAAAUGGUUUAGUUCAUGUGUGGAGGGGAUGAAAGAAGGCAGAUAUGCAAAUGCUGUAUUAGAGAUGAGUCCUUUUUACAGAAUUCUGUGCUAGAUUUGUAGUUUUAAGAUCAGUGUGGAUGUUUUUUUUCAACAUUGAAGGAAGUGUUUAUGCAUUCAAUUUUAUGAA